AGUGUCAGAUUCACCAUUCUCUCCUUCUUCCCCCGCUCCUCCUCCUCCUCAUUUUUAUCCUUCUUCUUCUUCCCCUUCAUCCCUGUGUCACUCGCUUCCUCCCACAUUCCCAUUGGCUCCUUGUGGGAGGGACUGACCUGGAAGUGACCCUGGGGGACAUUUCUACAGUUGACUAUGCCAAAGAAUCAUAUUUACUAGGAAACUAGUGAGAUGUGACUUCUAGGUGUUUUGAGUUGUCUGUAGAGCCAGUAUUUUCACAAAUAUUCUAAUAUAAAGAAUAAGAUAUAUCUCAGGGCUGCGCGAAGCUGAAUGGAACAGGUUAGAAAAGAUGAAAACACUGCAUACCUCCCAACUGUCCCGAUUUUUGAGGGAAAGUCACGAUUUUCCUUACUGAAAUGUUUCCAGUUUGUCUGGGAUCAACUAAACUGAUACAACAUUUCUAAAACUUAAUGAAACAGGCUUUUUGGCAGAGAGGCCAGAACACUCAGCAACUGUACUGAGAUACAACUGUAACUAUUCAAGAAUAAGCAGGUCUCUUGGGAGCUUAAAGGGCAAUUCAGCAAAACUGGAAUAACACGUAAAUCAUGUUCCUAAAACUGCCAGAAAUCACUUCAAACUUCCCAUAACUUGUCAAAUUGAGUCAAAUUGAAGUUGUAUUUAGGGGGUGUGGCCAUAAAAGGGCGUGGUCACAAAUGUCAGCGCAUCUUUUUUUAUUACAAAUUCGGCAGCAUGAAAAGUCAGGCCUAUAUAGAAAAAUAUCAGGAAGCGAAUGACACGCGCUAAUGUCUGUCACACACAGUCCGUGGACAGUAUCAGAUAAAAGCCCAUUCGUAUCUCGGUUUAUUUCAGUCCUCCCUACGGCCUCAGGGCACGAGCAGUUCCGAUAGGCUGCUCGUCUGUCACGUGACGCGGUUGUUGACACAAAUGCAUUGUGGGAGAUUUAAAAAUAAAUAACCCACGUCUUUUAUUAGCAGGGACACAGUUUGUUCAACGCAUGAUUCUGCCUAUUGGAGGCGGUAACUCCGAUGUAGUCCAUCCCAGAUUGCUUGGUGUAUUCUUUUUGACGUGCAAUUAUAAUAUUCUCCGGUCCCUGGAACGUUCGACGCGUCAACGCACCACGUGACCACCUAGCUAGGAAACAGGAAAUGCAUCCCAUGCCUGCCGGAAGUCAGUGAGAUUUGAAUGGAAAUACAAAGAAAUCUUCAGAAUAUCUGAAUUGCAGAUAGUGAACCCGAUGCUAUGACUGAUACUACAGCUCAUAUGGAUGUAACAUUACGUUGUAAUAACGACCCAAGCAAGAGUGCGGAUAAAGACGUUGACACUUCUCCAGCAGAACAUCACCUGGCAGCUCCAUGUGAUCGUGUAUAUGGAGAUACAAGUGACGUGAAAGUUGAGGAGCCUGGCAAGAUUGAGGCUGAAGGAGCACAUGUAAAUCUCUCAAUCCCUAAAAUUUCCCCAGAGGAGCAGCCCCCACCAGCCAAUGGGAUUAAAGAGCAAGCUGCAUCAUUUGAAGGGAGAAACCAAUCAGAUUGCAGCAUUAAUCCACUUACAGAACAGAUACAGGGAACAGAUACACCUACUCCUAUCAUGGAAUGCAGCCUGAAUAACAGCUUGUCUGAUAAUUAUAUAUUAAAUGGUAUUAAUGAGCAGUCGGCUUCAUGGGAAGAGAGUAACCAAUCAGAUUACAGCAUUGAUCCACUUACAGAACAGAUACAGGGAACAUAUAUCCCUACUCCUAUCAUGGGAUGCAGCCUGAAUAAUCGUGUAUUCACUAAUUAUGUAUCAAGUGUCAUUAAAGAGGAAGUGGCUUCGAGGGAAGAGGGAAACCAAUCAGAUUGCAGCAUUAAUCCAUUUACAGAACAGAUACAGGGAACAGAUACACCUGCUCCUAUCAUGGGAUGCAGCCUGAAUAACAGCUUGUCAGAUAAUUAUAUAUUCAAUGGUAUUAAUGAGCAGUUGGCUUCAUGGGAAAGAGGAAACCAAUCAGGCAUUAAUCCUAAUACACCUACUCCUAUCAUGGGAUACAGCUGGAAUAACUGUGCAUUUACUAAUUAUGUAUCAAGUGUAAUUAAAGAGGAAGCGGCUUCAUGGGAAGAGGGAAACCAAUCAGAUUGCAGCAUUAAUCCACUUACAGAACAGAUACAGGGAACGGAUGAAUGGAACAAUAGAAUAAGAUGCAGACCACAUAAACACAUGAUAGAUAUCAACUGCAUAGGAAAUAGAAGAAAUAAAUUAUGUACAUCUUCCAAAAAAACACUUACGUUAAAGGAGGUGUUUGACUGUAAUAAGUGCCAUAAAAGUUUCAAAUCUAAGGGCGCCCUUGUUAGACAUCAGAAGACUCACACAGGAGUGAAACCGUUUUCUUGUUCCCAGUGUGGCAAAUGUUUUGCACAAAGUUCCGACCUGACUGUACAUGAGAGAACCCACACAGGAGAGAAACCCUUUGCUUGCCCUGAAUGCGGGAAAUGCUUUGGGCGUCACUCUCACCUUAAAGUGCACCAGAAAGUUCACACCGGCGACAAACCCUUCGCUUGUACUGAAUGUGGCAAAUGCUUUACACAACACAAAAGCCUGAUUGUACAUCAGAGGAUCCACUCGGGACUGAAACCUUUCUCUUGCUCUGUAUGUGGGAAAUGUUUCAGAGAUCGCUCAAACCUUAAUGCACACGAGAGAAUUCACACCGUGGAAAGGGCGUAUCCUUGUUCUGUCUGCGGGAAACAUUUUGCUCACAAGAUCGACCUCAAACUACAUCAGAGAAUUCACUAAUGGGGAAAAAUACAAAUAUUUUAAACAUAUAGAAGUCUUUACACAAGAAAUAUCCCUCGUUAACGUCUACUACUUUUUUGGCUCAAUUUCAUCUUUACUCCCAAACUGCCUGGGUGUGUAUAGAGUGGGGCAAGGGAGUUUUUAUUUUGACGAGGCUCAUUAUCCUAGUCACACCUCACUUGGAUCUCGUUGGAUGGGCCAAAUAAAUGGAUGACUAGUAUUUGCUCCGUUUGUUACAUAAACUCUUGAUUGCUGCCUCUUCAAACCCUGCCAGUGGUGUGAGCUUUAUUCUACAACUAUAAAGAAGGUCUGGGAAUAAGGCUGUUGUUUUUUUUUUUUGUUUUUUUUAUCAAAAUGUAAAAUAAAACUUGUAUCUUUUUUA